UCACUUCAAAAUUUCGAUAACAUGGCAUCGUUAGAGGACGAUUCAUUUUAUAAUAUUAAAUCACAUUCUGUUAAUUCUAUUCAAAAAUCAGAAUGGAUUCCUUUGUCUCUUACUUUAGUCGAAUAUCCUCAAGGUGAUUUAUUUGGAAAAUUUUUAGCUUUAGUAAGUUUACUACCAUUUGCUAUUAUAGUUGGUUUCAUAACAUUAAUUCUUUUUAGAAGAGAUUUACAUACAAUUACAUUUUUUAGUGGAAUUAUAAUUAAUAAAUGUAUAAAUUUUAUAUUAAAACAUAUAAUCUGUGAAGCAAGACCAAUGAGACAUAAUGCUAUUGAAUAUAAUGGUAUGCCAUCAAUGCAUGCACAAUUCAUAUGGUUUUUUACUACAUAUAUAACACUUUUUAUAUGUAUAAGAUUGCAUCAUAAUAAUAAUAGCAGCAUUUCAGAAAAAUUUUGGAGGAUUACUAUCAUUAUUGUUUCUAUAAUUAUUGCUAUUUUAAUUACAUACAGUAGAGUUUAUUUAUUAUACCAUAGUAAUUCUCAAGUUGUAUGGGGUACAUUUAUAGGUAUUAUGUUAGGAAUAAUAUGGUUCAUAAUUACAUAUAUGAUUCUUACACCAAUUUUUCCUAUAAUUGUCUCAUGGCGGAUAUCAGAAUAUUUAUUAUUACGUGACACAACAUUAAUUCCUAAUAUUCUUUGGUUUGAAUACACAAAUAUUCGUACAGAAGCAAGAGCACGUUCAAGAAAAUUAGUAUCAAUGAAAUCACAAUGACGCCUAAUGUCUGGCCAAUGGGCUGAUAGUAAAUAAGAUAUAAAUAUUGAAGAAAGUCAUCAAAUAAACAACUUUAGUCAAUCAAAAUGUAAAAAUUGAAAAUUUAUUUGGCUUAAAGGAAUAAUCAUAAAUCAAUGGCAUUGAAUUUUCACUAAUAAUAUUUAAAUGCAUAAGGUAUUAGUACAAAUUUCAUAUGAAUUUUCAUAUUCAUAUCAUAGAAUAUGUACAUUUUGUCAAUUGAUUUUUUUGCAUAACUUAUUUAUGACAAUGAUCAACAACAUUAUUUUAAUAUUAAUAAUUUAAUAUUAAAAAUUUUAAUAUUAAUUUAAUAACGUUAAUUUUUAUAUUUAUAUUCUAUAUCAUAAAAAUAAAAUAUCUAUAUGUUCAAAAAGAAUUACAUUUACUUUAAACAAAAAAAUGAAUUUAGUGCAAUAACAAAAUAUAUAGUUAAAAAAAUAUAUAGUUUUGUCACUAGAUAAAAUAAAUUUAUAUAUAGUUUAUGUUGUAAUAUAUCAAUAUUUUAUCACUAGAUGGAAUAAAUUUGUACAUUUCUUUAUGUUAUCAAUAAGAAUUAAGUAAAUCAUAAAUUCAAAAUUAUUGUAUCUUAUAUUUAAUUAAGAUUAAUAUUACGUUUUUUUAUUAUGCAUUUUUUGUAAUAUAUAUAUUUAAGUACAAUUUUUUAUAUAAUUUUUAUGUACCAAGUAUUAUAUAUAGUUCCUUUUUUACUAUAGUAUGCUUAAAUACUAUACUACAAUAAUUAUGCUUAAGUAAUAGAACUGUAUAUUAACUUGAUAUUAAAAAAUUGUAAAUUAAAAGACAAAAAAAAUCAGCAAUUAAACUGAGAAUUUAAAUUAUAUAUGAAAUCAAAAAUUUAAUUAAAUAAUUAAAAAUUUUUUAAACAUUUAAUAAUUAUUUUAAUUGUUGAUUUUUAAACAAAGUAGUUUUUAGAAAAAUGUUAAAAAGUGCUUAUACAUGUUAACUUUAUUUUAUAUUUAAUAUAAAAAAAAAACAUUUUAGAAUUAUAUCAUUAUUUUUGCUCAAUUAAAUCUUGUUAUAACAAUUAUAUUAUAACAAAUAUAAAAUUUGGUAUUGAAAAUGAAUAAAAAUUAUAAUUUUUAAAUCAGUGCAAAAUUAUUAUAAUGUAAAUAUGCAAUAAUGUUUUAUAAGUGAACUUUAAAUAAAUGCAUACAACAAA